AUGACUGAGACUCUUCCAUCUGCACCCAGAGUGGCACUCACCCCGACUAUCUGCCUGCAGCCUCCACUAUCUCGUAGAGGCACUGGUCCUGGGCUCGUUCUUUUUAUACCAGAUGUCAAUUUUGCGCCCGGGGUAAGCAAGCCCCUAGACCCUGAGCCUGUACUCAAGUGGGCAGAAGAGGGGUUUGCAGUGGCUGCAAUCACCUCCUCAGAGAAUUCUGAAAUCGAGAAAUCUCUUACCCUUGCACUGGAAGCGCUUGUGGCUUUGGAUGAGGUUGAUGUUAAGGACAAAUUCGCUGUCAUUGUAUACGAUUCCAGUCUUAUCUAUGAAGUAUCUGAGGCAGUAUCCAAGGACCCUAGAAUCGUAUCUUUCACAGGAUAUGGUUCCUUCCCAUCUACAGCUUGUACGAUUCCCAUUAUUCUCCACUUAACUUCAAACGCCCCAAGGCCUCGGAAUCCUCCGUCAGAAGUGACUACACAAUACUCUUAUCGCACAACUUCUACUCAGUUUGUUCUACCACAAUCACCUACUUACGACCCAAGCAAUGCGUCUCUCGCUCAUAGUCGCACACUUGCUUUCAUUAAGAAACACAUCGGAGGACCAUUCUUUGACCUGGAAGCCAUAUGGGAGGAACACACGCUCUUCGAAUUCGUGGAUAGAAGUGUUGAGAAAACUAUGGCUACCAUGGUGGCUGAACCAUAUGUUAACCAUAUUCCAACGAUGACAGGGGGAGUAGGACGCGAAGCUUUGACGGCUUUCUAUAGAGACCAUUUCAUCUUUUCUAAUCCUGAUGAUGCCGAGCUUCAAGUUGUUUCUCGCACAGUCGGUCCCGACCGUGUAAUAGACGAAUUCGUAUACCACCUUACCCAUAAUCGGGCUGUCGACUGGCUCCUCCCCGGAGUACCACCCACCGGAAAGAAGCUCGCUGUACCUAUGCUAGCUGUCGUCAACAUUCGCGGUGAUCGUCUAUACAAUGAACAUAUUUGGUGGGACCAAGCCACCGUGCUCAGUCAGGCAGGAAUAUUGCCGUCCCACCUUCCUUUCCCCAUUGCUACUGGUGGUAUAGGAGCUACUAUUCCAGGCCAGACACAACUCCUGCGGUUGCCUGUCGCUGGUGCCGAAAGUGCGGCGAUGCUUGUGGAUGAAACCAACGGGAAGAGUAACGAGAUGCUUGGACCUGACUGGGGAUUACAACCAAUCUCCCAAGAGUAG